AUGACUAGAUCUAAGGGGGGGAUAGAGGCUCUAUAUGUAAAGAAUGAGGCGGAAUAUGCUCUUCUGGUCACCUAUCUUGGCAGUGUUGUAGCAUUAUUCAGGCGAGCUGGUAGGCCGGGCUCCGAUAUUCUGAGGAAUCUAGGACACAUUUCACGAGAAGACACCAGAGAGCCUACGCACGCUGAUUUACCGACUUUUGAAUUUGGAGAACCGGACAAAUCAUUCAAAACGGUAGAAGUUGCAGCAGCAAUCGGCGCAGGAACUGUCAGACCAUUGAUGACGAUCGUUUUUGGUAGUCUUGUCAAUGACUUCAACAGCAGUGGCACAGUUUUAUUCUCACUUGAAAUCACUCGUCAAUUGCAACUUGUGAAGAACGGCUUACCCGAAACUCUCAGGAUUGCUGCUGUGCAAAGCCUGUUUAAACUUUGCAACAGCGUUUAUUAUAGCCUUCACACAAAGCUGGAGGUUAACACUGGCCAUGUACUUAAUCGGGAGCUGCAAAGCCCCGUGAAAGAAGCCCACAGAAAAGCUGUCAUGUUCAUGGCACUCUUUGCCUUCUCUCAAAUUGCUAGUCUUCUUGGUGAGUUUGAAUCAUCCAUGAUGUUUACUUUUGAGACCAAAACAGCCAAUGGGAAUCCAGAGAUGGCGAGCGUCUAA